GACCGUUUUUUUUUUCUCCUUUUCUUUUUUUUUUUUUCUUUUUUUUUUUUUGGUCCCCGGGGAAUGAGAGUAAAUUCCGUGAUCGACACACUACCACGGAGUAUACAACCAGUCGAUUCUACUUCUGGCAGUGUCACUCCACCCGAGCUUCCCCUCGUUGCUCUUUAAAUUCCCUCCGCGGCCAUUGCGGGGAGUUGUGUCCAGCGAAAAAUCUCCUGAAACUAACCCUGCAACAAUUGCAGUGAAUGUCCCUGUGACUGCAUCAUCAUGGAGACUGUUGACGUGACAGUCAUCGGAGCGGGAUGGAGUGGCCUCGCCGCCCUCAAGACCUACCAUCAGGUCGACCCCUCUGCCUCGAUUGUGCUGUUCGAGAGUGCGGCCUCGGUCGGCGGCGUCUGGGCCAAGCACCGCCUGUAUGCCGGCCUCAAAUCCAACAACAUGCUGGGCACCUACGAGUUCAGCGACUUCCCCAUGGACGCCUCGUUCGGCGUCCAGCCGGGCCAGCAUAUCCCCGGCACCGUGAUCCAGACGUACAUGGAGCGCUUCCUCGAGCACUUCCAGCUGACGUCGUUCGUCCGCCUGAACACCCGCGUGCGCAUCGCGGAACAUAACGCCGACGGAACCUGGACCCUGACCAUCGACGGCCCCGACGGCGAGAAGACCGUCGUGAGCAAGAAGCUCAUCGUCUGCACCGGCAUCACCUCCCAGCCCUACCUGCCCACUAUCGCCGGCCAGGACGCCUUCGACGCGCCGCUCUUCCACUGUCGCGACCUGCCCCAGCACCAAGACGCCCUCCUGCAACUCACCAAGCGCAUCACCGUCUUCGGCGGCACCAAAUCUGCCUGGGACGCCGUCUAUGCUGCCGCCACCGCCGGCGCCCACGUCGACUGGGUCAUCCGCGACAAUGGCCACGGCCCCGUCUGGAUGGCCCCGCCCUACGUGACGCCGCUGAAGAAAUGGCUCGAGAAGCUGGUCACCACGCGGCUCCUCACCUGGUUCAGCCCGUGCAUCUGGGGCGACGCCGACGGGUGCAGCGCGAUCCGCAACUUCCUGCACGGCACCUGGCUGGGCCGCAAGAUCGUCGACACCUUCUGGGGCAUCCUGGGCAACGACGUGAUCACACUCAACAAAUUCGACGCGCACCCGGAAACCCGCAAGCUGAAGCCCUGGGUCAGCCCGUUCUGGGUCGCCUCGGGGCUCAGCAUCCUCAACUACCCGACCAACUUCUUCGACCUCGUCACCGAGGGCAAGGUCCGCAUCCACAUCGACCACAUCACCCAUCUCACCCCCCAGACCGUUCACCUGGCCUCCGCCGGCCCCCUCCCCUCCGACACCCUCAUCUGCGCCACGGGCUGGCAAGCAACCCCCAACAUCGACUUCCGGCCCGCCCACCUGUCCCAAACCCUGGGUUUCCCCUGGGCUGAAGACCCCAUCCCGCAAUCCGUGGUCCAGCAAGCCGACGCAGAGAUCCUGACCCGCUUCCCGCGCCUCGCAACUCCACCCCCAAGACCAGACAACUACACUCCACUCGCCCCCGACGCCCCCGCAACAGCAAAACAUCCCUUCCGCCUCGCUCGCUUCAUGGUGCCCCCCGCUCUGGCCUCCGCCAGAUCAAUCGCCUUCAUGGGCCUCGCUAUGACCAUCAACACCACCAUGCUGGCCCAGGCCCAGGCCCUCUGGAUCGCCGCCUACUUCACCGACCACCUCACCCCGACCCCGCGGGAGCACUGCCCCGCGAACCUCCGGAAGACCCUCGAGCAGGAGGAGAGUAACGUCGACGCAGACCUGGUCUGGGAAACCGCCCUGCACUCGCAGUUCGGGGUGCAUCGCUACCGCGGCGGGUUUGGGAAACGGAACCCGGAUUUUGUCUUCGAUGCGGUGCCGUAUGUGGAUUUGUUGCUUAGGGACCUUGGCCUGGAUUAUACCCGGAAGGAGGGCGGGUUGAAGUGGUUGGUGCCGUAUGGGGUGGAGGAUUAUCGGGGGUUGGUGGACGAGUGGGUUCGGUCGAGGGAUGCGGUGGGCAAGAAGGAUAAUUAAUUGAUUUGUUGAUUUGUUGAUUGAUUGAGGUCGUGUAUGUGUAUAUACCCUGGUGUUUGUGGUUUCACUUGUGUAGAGUUAGUUGGGUGUUGUAUUCGUAGUUAGGAUUUGUGUUAAUGUUGAGGUUUUGUGAUGAUUUGGUGG